AUGUCUACGCAAACUUACCUUCGCUGGGCCGACCGAUCCGACAUUCCUGCCAUGGCCGAAAUACUCGUACUGACCGGCGUGAAUUUUGAGUUCCAUGAUCAAUUCGCACCCAAGAGAAGCGAGCAUCUAGAUGAAUACUACUUGUUCCUGCUCUGUCGAAUACGAACACUAUGGGCCAUGCCAGGAUUUCGCUUCCUAGUCGUCGAGAGUCUCGAGGUGCCAGACGCAACGAAGGUGACCCGCAAGCAAGUCAUUGGAAUGGCCGGCUGGAUGCUAGAUCAAGCUGACGGUCUCGUGGACGAACCAACAAGAGGCAGUGGCUGGUUUCAAUCCCUCGAGCGUACCUUAGUCGCUACCGAGCGCUACUAUCAUCAGCUGUGUAUAAACACAAUCUUCGACACCACGGGCUUCGCCAGCCUGUUGAAUCGCUUGCACGAAGCAGAGCUCGUCGGCCAACCCCAGAUACAUCUGCAAAUACUUUUCGUACAUCCAGAGUGGCAGAAGAGCUCUCAUCGGGUCGGGCACAGGUUGUUGCAGUGGGGCAUAGAUCUAUCGGAUCGUUUGCAGCUUCCAAUCGCCGUGACCAGUAGUCUUGCUGGACAAAAGUUCUACGCCAAACACGGAUUCGAAUUCCUGACAUUCGUACGCGUCGAUACAAUACCGGAGCUGGCAUAUGACCAGCCCAUCCUCCUCAAGAGGCCAGAGCCUCGUCCAAAUGUACAGCCGUAG